AUGGCCGACGGCCGGGGCUUCGACGAGGCCUGGGCGCGGCGCACGGGCCUGCGGCGGCCCGCGCUCAUCGCCGACGCCGCGGGGCUCGGGCUCGCCGUGCCCUCGGGGUCCUUCGGCGUGCGCGACGUCGCGCGGAUCGUCGGCGAGCGGACGCCCGUGCAGGUCAUGCGGUCCCAGGACCAGAGCUCCGUGGAGAACUGGAGCCUCGCGGACUGGGCGCGCUACUGGCACGCGCCCGUGCGCGAGGACACGCUCAACGUCAUCUCGCUCGAGUUCUCGCGGACGCCGCUCGCGGCGCACGUGCGGUCGCCGGCGCUCGUGCGGCGCCUCGACUGGAUCGACAACUGCUUCCCCGACGCCUACCGCGCGCGCGGCGAGUACCCGCAGACCCAGUACUACUGCCUCAUGUCCACGGGGGGCUGCUACACGGACUUCCACGUCGACUUCGGGGGCACGGCGGUCUGGUACCACGUCUUCCGCGGCAGCAAGGUCUUCUACGCGGCGCACCUCGCGGCCUACGAGCGGUGGAUCUGCGACGCGGACCAGGACAGCACGUGGUUCCCGGACGUCGCGGCGGCCGGCGGGCCCUGCGCCUGCGCGCGGGUCGAGGUGCGCGCGGGCGAGACGUUCUUCAUCCCCUCGGGCUGGAUCCACGCCGUGCACACGCCCGCGGACUCGCUCGUCUUCGGCGGCAACUUCCUGCCGGGCCUCUGCACCGCGGACCUGCAGCUCGCCGUCCACGACAUCGAGGCGCGGACG